AUGAACAAACACGCGCGCGCACACACACUCUCACGCUUGCUCUCUCUCUCUCUCUCUCUCUCUCUCUCUCUCUCUCUCUCCAUGGGAAUUCUUGAGCCCAAAGUUUGCCCUUCUUUCACCACCAAUAACCCUCAUCUCCACCAUUUCUCAUUCAGAAUUCACCAUCCCAAGCUUCACAGCCGCAGACCGAUCAAAUCCUUAAGGGCUUCAAUCAAGCCUCCGCCGCCAGAAUUCGAUUUCAGAUCAGAAAUACUGAGUGAUUCUCGAGCCGCAAUUGCUCAAACCCAUCCCGAGCUGCUCGAUUUGUCCGACAAUGGGGGCCUGGUUCUCGUCAGGAAGAGCCAAUUCGGGCCGGUGCCGCCGUGGAGGACUGAGUUCGUGGAGCCGGAGGCGAUUUGGUUGGUUGGGACUACGCAUAUGUCGCGGGCAUCGGCGGCCGAUGUUGAGCGGGUUGUGCGCGCGGUGAAGCCGGAUAAUGUGGUGGUGGAACUCUGCAGAAGCAGAGUUCAUCUUCAGAGCUGGGAUUAUGUACAUCUCAGAUGAUGGUGCGAAUCAUCGGCAGUUAGGAUCAAAUAUGUUCUCUUUGAGUGGGACGGGGUUUUUUGGUUCAAUUGGUCGAAGCAUUGACUUAGGAGGGCAAAGUGCUCUAGCAUUACGCAUUCUUUUGGCAAUUUUUUCGUCCAAAAUCUCUUCGGAUAUCAACCGCCCUUUUGGGGAUGAGUUCCGUGCUGCUCGGAAAGCAUCUGAAGAAGUUGGGGCUCAGAUAGUUUUGGGGGAUCGGCCAAUUGAAAUAACACUUGAAAGGGCUUGGACAUCUCUAAAAUGGAAUGAAAAACUCAGCUUAGUAAUGUCAGUUGUUCGUGGAAUAACUUUGUCAUCUGAUGCAUCUAGGAUAAAUCUGAAGGAAUCAAGUACGGAUGAUGAUGCCUUUCAGCUCUACAAGAAGCUAAGUUUUUCGUAUCCUUCCCUCCUGCAGCCUCUUAUACAUGAGCGCGACACAUAUCUUGCGUGGUCUUUAAAGCGGAGCAAAGCUGUAAAUAACAGUAGGAGAGUGGUUGGGAUAAUUGGAAAAGGCCACAUGAAUGGGGUGAUAUAUGCACUUGUUUCAGACCAGGGGAACCUGCGGUUUCGAGAUCUUGUAGGAAGAAAGCCAUCUGGUGGCAGCUCUGAUGGAUGGAUUGCUACCCUUGUCAAAAAUUUGUUUAGAGACGCCGUCAUUGGCACCCUAUUGUGGGCAUUAUUUGAACUUGCUAGGAAUCUAUUGUAGACUACAGAGAUCACAUUCAUCCCAAAUUAUUAUUUUUUGUUUGAA